AUGUUAUUAGAGAAAAUCCCCUUCCAGUGCCUAGCGCUAAACGGACCAGUAAAGACAGAUCAAGUGGAGACAGCGACGAUGAUAUCAUUAUCGUGCAUGAAAACAUUAGGCAAGCUGGAUUUUCUUAAUAUGAAGCCACCCAAACCAGUUAACGUUCGUCCAUGGGCUCAACUAAAUGUGAUGGAACAGUCCUAUGUCGCAAAACUGGCUUCAUUGCUCAAAGUUAGCGAGGUUGACAUCUCAAGAAAAGACUGGUUUGAAGAGAUUUGCGGAAAGGUCGAAAAAACUAUUUAUCAUUUGGAUUUGGAUAUUUCAACGCUGAAGGGAUCAAAAGCGCGUUACAAGAAACGGGUGGAGCAAGCUCGUCUGCUUCGACAGCAGUUGAAGUUACUGUCAGCGAAACGGCAA